AAGUAAAACCUUAUUUCCAUAUCUGAACAUAGAUUUUUCACACCAUUCAUAUUAUUGCAUGCGAUUCCCAUAUCCCAACAUAGAUCUUUUGCGUGUAAUUUUCCGAAUCCAAAUACGUAUCACUCACAUCGCCAAGUAGCCGCCACAGCCUUAUGCGUGUAUUCUAUUUUUGCCCGACACAGUGGCAUACCCACAAGCGUACCACACGAGGCACGUACCCACACGCCACACCCAACCACCGCCACGCCGCCGUUUACUCGAUCGCCCUCCUCCCCAAACGUUGCGUUCCCAAUCACGAAGCUCUUCUCUCGAUUUGAUCUCUCUCCCCUGGCGUCUCGCUUCGACAACGAUUCGUAGAGUCUGGUAUUUGCUCUCGAAUUGGUCCGGAGAAGAGGAACCAUGGAGGACGCGAUCUGCGGGCAUUGCUAGAGAUUUCUCCUCCUCCUCCUCCUCUUUGUAUGGGAGAAGGGAAGGGAAGAAGACAUGGAGGUGGAUUGGUUUCGGACGCAGCAGGGUUCAGGAGUCCGGCGAGGCCGGCGGAGGAAGAGGGCGUAUCGGGUCGGCGGUGGCAUGUUGCGGACACCCGGUGCGUCUUGGAUUUGUUCCGUCCCCUUCCCGGUGGUUUGGAUUUACGUGCUUCGAGUAUUUAUGUCUCUUUUCGUCGGUUUCUUUUCUUGGCUAUGCGUGUGGCUGCGUGGCUUUCGUAAGUUGUGGACAGAACGAUCGAGUCUUUGACGAUGACGAUUACUUGUGGCUUUCUUUCAAUUUGUGGUCGUGCUUUGAUCCUGUCAUAUGAGAAAUAUGAAUAAAAAGGCAAUUUUGGGAGGGCCGCUUUUUUAGUGGAGCGUCGGAGCAAUUUCGCUGUCGGAGAAAGAUUUGAUUCUUCUUAAUUCACGAUGAUUGAUUUCAAUAGCAGGAGUUUGUCAGAGUACUUAUGCGAAAUCUCUGCAGGUGCAGGAUGCGGUUAUCUAAAGGGCCAAAGGAAUGAUUUUGGCGUAGAAUAUGGUUCUGAUUGCAGCAGUAGCUUUCGAAAAGAAGAAAGUUCUUCAGGCCAAGGCUCAUAUAAUACCAGUGUAAAACCAAGAGAGAGACCCAUGGAUAAAGAGAUACCAAAAGAAGCAGAAAUAAGGUGGUCGUCGCCUAGUGUAAUUGCAAAAUUAAUGGGUCUUGACGAACAGCCACCUGUACAAGUAGCCCAUAAACGAAAGAAGACAAUAAAUGGUUAUUUUCAAGAUAUACCAUCUACAGGCUUGCAAGAGAAGUACCUAACCAGGGAGGAAUGUUUGCCUUGGAUGAGCAUGGCUGAGCACCAAGAAUUUAAGGAUGUCUAUGAAGUCAUUCAAAGACUGAAAGUUGAGAGGGACAGGACAAAAACAGAUAGCAGUGCAUUGCCAAGUUUUAAACAACGCAAGCUUAAUGCAAGCAAACAAUGGAAAAGUGAUGUAAGCUUUCUUGGCCAAAAUUUAUUGGAUGCAGUGCAUCUUCCAAGUGAUGAAUCACUUCGAAUUUCUGAAAAAUUUACCAGUGAGUUGGGGAACCAAGACUGCACUGAGCAUAAUUUUCUAAAUGUCUUCCAGGAACCCGAUUUCUUGUUCAGAAAGUAUUUCCAUGAUUCAAAGCGGCUUGCACCCUCUCAUUUAACAAGCAAGAAAACAAUUUUCAAAUCAUCAAAUGGUGCUAAGACAGAAAGUGGUGAAGUAUAUCGUUCAUUGAAGAAGAAGACGGACAGGUUUGUUCAUAUGCAAAAUGGUGUCUUUAGCUCUUUUCGGAUACCCAUUGCUGGUAAGGCUAGUCGAUUUCUCAAGGUUCAGAAUGAUUCUCUUUCACAUAAGUUAGCACGGUUUGCCAGCAACAAUUACCAGUGUAUCCAUCCUAAUCAUAUUGUUCUUUUGAAGCAUAACAUUGAUAAAUCCCGUGGAAGUGUUCAUUUAAGAACCCCUGAGAAUUUUAAGUUUUCUCACAGAAGACCAUCCGCUCAAACUGGGAUUCGAGAGGCCAACAUUGGAAGAAGGGAUUGGCUGAACUUUUCCCAUAACUCGGAAGCUUUUCAUUGCAAGAAUAAAGGUUCCAGAGAACUAGAUAGAGAGAUUACAGAACUGAGAGAGUCUGUAAGCAGCAGUAAGAUGAGCAUACCAGUUGUGGAGUAUAACAGAUUCUCCAGGGAAGACAGCUCUUGCAAUAUCUCUGACAUGAAGAGUUUCUGCAGCCCUGAAGGAUCAUCCAACCAUUUUAAUAACUGGAAUAGCAUAUGUUUUGCCUUAGCUCCUUCAACUGAAUUUAUAAGAAGUGAAGCUAGAAAAAACUUCUCUGGGAACUGGAAGAUGGCUGGUAACUCUAAGGAGACAGUAGACUGUGGUAAAUGCUCAAGUGUUUUGGCUGAAAUGCUUGCUUUAUCUGAUGUGGUAGGACAAAAUUCAGUGUCCAGUUCAUCGAAGGUUCAUAAUGUUUCAGUUGAGAAAUCAACUAGACCUGAUAUGCGAGCAUCAGGGGGUUCUCCUUUGAGUAUUAGCAAUAGUGACAGUUGGGAAGAUGGAUUCUUAACAAAUCUACCAAACCCUGCAUCUGUUCCCGCUUCAUCAACAACUUAUGGAAGUCAAAAUCUAAGUAGCAUGAAUCGAUUUUGUGAUGAACAUUUUUGUACACCUAAUGAUGUGCUGAAAUUGAGACCUAAAAAAUCCGAUCAGAGAGGAAGUUCUUCACUCGUUGGUUUUAAAAGCAGUAAUAACCAGCUUUACUCUAAUUUGAGCGGGAAGGAAAACAACCUGUCUUCACAGGAAAUUCACUUGAACCAAGACAGGACAAGGAAAGGUGUGCUUGCAAAAAUGGCUGGUGAAGGAAAUUUUAAACCUCUUUCUAUUCCCAAUUAUAUGGAUGUGGAUAUGAUGAUGAUAAAUAAUGAGGAGCUACCUCAGUUGUCAAUGGCCAGUAUAGCUGUAAAGGAUCCUAAAGUGUCCAACAGUAAUCUGCUGAAGGAAACAUCAUUCAGUCAUCUUCAGGUAGAUCGUGAACGGCUCACUUCUGUAAGAAUUACAAAGGCUUUGCAACCAUGUGCUGUUUCUGAACUCGAGCUUCCAUUGAGAGUAAAUGGUUCAGGAUGUUCUGAAAGCCUAACUGGAGAUCUUGAGCUCCAUUCAAAAAUUUUAACCUCCAAGCUAGGAGAUCAAUGUGCUGAGGCAUCAGAAGUUCUUACUUCAAGUAAUGACGAUGACAGAGAAGUGUGUGAAUUCUUUCAACAGGCUGGUCAUCUAGAAGAGGAAUUUAUGGAUGAAGAGGAGAGGGAGUACACCUACCUACUCGACAUACUUAUCUUUUCUGGUGUUCACAGUGCCAAGCAAGACAGUCUUCGUUAUGCAUGUUACUUACCAGAAUAUCCAGUGAACCCAAACUUAUUUGAAAAGCUCGAAAAGAAGUACGGUAAGCUGGUUGCAUGGUCACGGUCGGAAAGGAAGUUGAUGUUUGAUCUGUCAAACUCAAUCGUGGCUGAGAUCCUUGCUCCAUGUAUGGAUCUGCAUCCAUGGGUUAAUUCUACAGGAAGGAUCGGACCCAUGUGGGGUUCUGAGGGGCUUGUUGAGAAAACUUGGCAGAUGUUGGUGAAAAAACGUAUCGAGCUUGGUGCAGGUAACGCAGAAAAGAAAGUUCUGGAUACAAAAUGGUUUAAUUUAGGAGGCAACAUCGAUGAGAUAGGAAGGGAGAUUGAGAGGACUCUGAAGGAGGAACUCUUGGAAGAACUUGUUGAAGAGUUCAUCAUAGGUUAGGCUCCUCUGGCUGGAGGAAGCAUGUGCUUCUGUGAGGCUAUGCUUCAGCUUAACAUGUCAAUCGCCACCAAGCUUCAGCUGAUUUUUGAACCAUCGGCAAGUGCGACGGUUACUCCUAAGAGAUCAACAAUAAGAACCGAGGCAUUUAUAACUAGAGGGCUUUCAACAAUAUGCAGUAAGAACUCCAAUGACAAUGGUCUUUGAUUGGAUUGCCACAAAAUUUCGAUAUUAUGUCGGUGGUGAGUAAUGAGUAAUUUUGCUGGUCAUUUACUCAGUUGGUGAAAUCACAUUAAACUGGUCCAAAUCAUCAAAAGGCUGUGCCGAUGGUCAAGUAGACAUUCUUGUGGUCUUGGCUUUGAGUUUGUGCAUCUCAUACCAGAGCAAAGAAAUACAGAUAGGAACACUAGGAGUUUUGCAAUAUUUUAGCAGGAUAAUGAGGGUGAGUCAUUUGUUAGGUGGAAGUCAGCUACCCUGAGGCAAUAAAGUUUUUUUUGUUUUGUUUGAUUGUUUGGCUUGCAGCUCAGAAAUUAUUUCCUUUUUUCGGGGGGAUAUAGAACACGUUUGAAGGGUGUAUUUUUGUUUGUGGGGUAAUUUUGUCUGUGACUAUAUUGUUUUUGCACAAUACAAUAAAGGAUUUAGCAGUCAAUUUCCAGGAUUCA